AUGGAAACCAGGAAGGAGAUGGUGAUGUUUCUGGAAGGAAGUCCCCUCGGCCCUCUGGUCGCCAAGAGGGCGCCCGCCUUGGCCGAGAGCGUGGCGAGUCCAGGGCAGGAGCCCCCGGACAAGAUGGCCCAUCGGAGCUGCCUGAGCCCCCGGUCCGGCGCCUUGUCCUCCCGGGAGAGGAGAGGAGGAGGAGGAAGGCUGGAGGCGGCGGCGGCGGCAGAGGAGGAGGAGGAUGAAGAGGAAGAGGUGGAAGUGCUGCCGGGGACAGGGACGGUCCCGGAGAGCCGCUCCGCCGCCGCCGCGCUCCUCUCGGCCGGCCCGCAGCCCCCCCUCCCCCGCCUGGCCGCCACAGGCCAGCAAAGCAGCUCGGACACCGAGUCGGAUUUCUACGAGGAGAUCGAGGUGAGCUGCACCCCGGACUGCGCCGCCGGCAACGCCGAGUUCCUCCAGCACAGCAAAGGGCAGUGCUCGGAAGCCUCGGCAGGCAGCCCCAGCAGCGGGGGCGACCCCCCGAAGAGCGGAGGUGGUGGCGGCGGCGGCUCUCAAGGGUCGCUAGCCUGCAGUGCGAGCGAUCAGAUGCGCCGCUACCGCACGGCUUUCACCCGCGAGCAAAUCGCCCGCCUGGAGAAGGAGUUCUACCGGGAGAACUACGUCUCCCGGCCCAGGAGAUGCGAGCUGGCGGCCGCCUUAAAUCUGCCGGAAACCACCAUCAAGGUGUGGUUCCAGAAUCGGCGGAUGAAGGACAAGAGGCAGCGCUUGGCCAUGACCUGGCCCCACCCGGCCGACCCGGCCUUCUACACCUACAUGAUGAGCCACGCCGCGGCCACGGGCAGCCUCCCCUACCCCUUCCCCUCCCACCUGCCCCUGCCUUACUACUCCCACAUGGGCCUGGGGGCCACCUCGGCUUCCGCCGCCGCCGCCCCCUUCAGCUCCCCGCUGAGACCGCUGGACACCUUCCGGGUCCUCUCCCACCCCUACCCCCGGCCGGAGCUGCUCUGCGCCUUCAGGCACCCCUCCCUCUACGCCGGCCCGGCCCACGGACUGAGCGGCGCCGCGGGGGGCGGCCCGUGCUCCUGCCUGGCGUGCCACGGGGGCCAGGCCAACGGGCUGCCCCAGCGGCCUUCGGGAUCGGACUUUACCUGCUCGGCCACCACCCGGACGGACUCUUUCCUCACCUUCACGCCCUCGGUGCUGAGCAAAGCCUCCUCGGUCGCCCUGGACCAGCGGGAAGAGGUCCCGUUGACCAGAUAG